UGAAUGCGGGGUCCGGGGAGAGCGGAUAUAGUGAAUGCGGGGUCCGGGGAGAGCGGAUAUAGUGAAUGCGGGGUCCGGGGAGGCCGGAUAUAGUGAAUGCAGGGUCCUGGGAGACCAGAUAUAGUGAAUGCAGGGUGCGGGGAGAGCGGAUAUAGUGAAUGCAGGGUCCUGGGAGACCAGAUAUAGUGAAUGCAGGGUCCGGGGAGAGCAGAUAUAGUGAAUGCAGGGUCUGGGGGAGAGCGGAUAUAGUGAAUGCAGGGUCCGGGGAGACCGGAUAUAGUGAAUGCAGGGUCCGGGAGACCGGAUAUAGUGAAUGCGGGGUCCGGGGAGACCAGAUAUAGUGAAUGCGGGGUCCUGGGAGACCAGAUAUAGUGAAUGCAGGGUCCGGGGAGAACGGAUAUAGUGAAUGCAGGGUCCAGGGAGA